UGGCGAUAGUAUAAAAUGGGUGGUCAGAGGAUCGGCAUCGUGGGCAGCGGCCUGAUUGGGCGCGCGUGGGCUCUGCUGUUCGCCUCCGCCGGCUACCGGGUUCAGCUCUACGACAUUCUGGAGUCGCAGAUAGCGACGGCACUCGACGAGCUGCGCGAGGAGUUGCAGCAACUGGAGGCGAAGGGCGCACUGCGUGGCAACUUAACAGCUGCGGCACAAUUCGAGCUCAUCAGCGGCUGCACUCAGCUGAAGGAGUUGGUGCAGGAUGCGCUGCACAUACAGGAAUGCGUGCCGGAGCAGCUGCAGCUGAAGCGUUCACUCUAUGCCCAAUUGGAUGACCUGCUGGAACCCCAAACCGUGCUGGCCAGCUCGACAAGCACUUUCAUGCCGUCGCUCUUCAGCGAGUCGUUGAAGCGACGCUCUCAGAUUCUGGUCGCUCACCCACUUAAUCCACCAUAUUUCAUACCGCUGGUCGAACUAGUGCCCGCGCCCUGGACUAACGAAGAGGCUGUGGAGCGCACUCGCUUGCUAAUGCUGACCCUGGGUCAGCGUCCGGUGGUCCUGAGGCGUGAGAUUCAGGGCUUUGCUACAAAUCGCAUACAGUACGCCAUACUGAAUGAGGUCUGGCGUCUGGUCUCUACGGGCAUCAUCAGCGUGGCAGAUGCGGACCGCGUGCUCAGCGAUGGAUUGGGCAUGCGGUAUGCGUUGAUGGGCUCUCUAGAGACGGCGCAUCUGAAUGCGCCCGGCGGCGUCGCCGAUUAUUUCCAGCGCUUUGGCGGCGAAAUAGCCGCUGUGAGCGCCACCUACGGACCAACGCCCGACAUCGGCGCCGAGGCUGAAGCGCUGGAGGAGAUAGCGCGCCAAUGCGAGGAGCUGGUGCCGCUCGAGGCUCUACCGGCGAGGCGGGCGGCGCGGGACGAGUUCCUAACACGCCUAGCGGAGCUCAAGCGGCAGUUCACAUAAAAUCGAUUGCACUACUCUGUAUUUCCAUUUAUGCUGAUUAAACGGGAGCUGAGUCGGCCCCUCA